UUUGGCUAGCAAAUUUAUUUCAGAGGACUAAUAUGUUUUAACACUGCUGCAUUUAAAUACGUUGUAGACCCACCCACCCACUACCACUACCACUACCACUACCGCGACUGGUAGCACCACCUAUGGGCAUUUCAUGUGUUAUAUAUUGAACGGAACUGGCGCUGAAAGCAAAUCUUCCUCUCCUUGGCUUUGGCCUCUUCAUGCCGCAAGGCGGGAAAAGGCAGGAAGUCAAGAGGCUUCUCACCUUGACAGCCGCCCCUCAUCCCACACGGGGGCUGAACGAGCUAAAUGUUUGCACCUCGAGGCCACGCUGGGCAGCCACGGAUCACAAUGCAGACAACACCACGGCCGUGCUGAAGGAGUGGCUCACCGUCAUGCAGAGGUUCUACCAUUACGUGGAGUGGAGACCCAUGGAGCAGCCCGUGUCCUACGCGGGAGAGCUGGGUCCAAAGCACUGGCCCAACAGCAGAUACGAGUACGUGAUGAAGCUCAAGCAGGCGGCGCUCAACUUUGCCAGGAAACGCUGGGCUGACUACAUCCUGUACGCCGACACGGACAACAUCCUCACCAACCCCGACACCCUCAAUCUUCUGGUGGCCGAGAACAAGUCCAUCACGGCGCCCAUGCUGGACUCUCAGGGAGCCUACUCCAACUACUGGUGUGGUAUAACGCCACAGGGUUAUUACAGGCGGACGGCCGAGUAUUUCCCCACUCGCAACCGCCAUCGCCUGGGCUGCUUCCCCGUGCCCAUGGUGCACUCCACCAUGCUGCUGGACUUGAGGAAGGAGGGCAUGAAGAAGCUGGCCUUCUACCCGCCUCACACCGAGUACUCCUGGCCUUAUGAUGACAUCAUCGUCUUUGCCUUUUCCUGCCGAGCCACAGCGAUCCAGAUGUACCUUUGCAACAAAGAGCGCUACGGCUACUUGAAUAUUCCUGCCAAGCCUCACCACACGCUGGAGGACGACCGCCUCAACUUUGUCCAUGUUCACCUGGAGUCCCUGAUCGACGGGCCUCCCAUGCAGCCUUCACGCUACGUCCACAUGUCCCCCAGACAGAGAGACCUUAUGGGCUUCGACGAGAUUUACCUGAUCAACCUGCGGCGGCGCCCGGACCGCAGGGAGCGCAUGUUGUUCUCCCUUAACGAGCUGGAGGUGGACGUGAAGGUGGUGGACGCCGUGGACGGAAAUGCAUUGAACAGCAGUGACAUCAAGAUCCUGGGUGUGGACUUGCUGCCAGGCUACUACGACCCCUUCUCAGGACGCACCCUCACCAAGGGGGAGGUGGGCUGCUUCCUCAGCCACUUCUACAUCUGGAAGGAGAUGGUGGACACGCAGAUGGACAAGGCGCUGGUGUUCGAGGACGACGUCCGCUUCCAGGCCAAUUUCAAGCGCCGGGUCCUGCGACUGAUGGAGGAGGUGGAGCAGGUGGAGCUGGACUGGGACCUGAUAUACUUUGGCAGGAAGCAGGUGAACCCUUCCAAGGAGGAGGCGGUGGAGAACGUGAGGAACCUGGUGGUGGCCGACUACUCCUACUGGACUCUGUCGUACGCCAUCUCCCUGCAGGGGGCGCAGAAGCUCCUCAACGCCGAGCCGCUCUCCAAAAUGCUGCCUGUCGAUGAAUUCCUGCCCAUCAUGUACGACAAACAUCCCAACGACGACUACAAGUCGCACUUCCCCAACAGGAACCUGCAAGCCUUCAGCACGCGCCCCCUGCUGGUGCAGCCCUGCCACUACGCCGGCGACCCCCAGUGGGUGAGCGACACCGAGACGUCCACGCUGUGGGACGACGACGCCGUGCGCACUGACUGGCGGGGUUCCCACAAGACCCUGAAGGGGGCGGUGCCGCCACCCGACAUCCUGUCGGCCGCUUACAGGGAUGAACUUUAAGGGCGGUGCGCCCGACCUUGCUGCGGAUCAGAGAUGGCGCCCUGAGGAGCCUGUGUUCUCACGCCGAGCGUCAUGUGACCGUCCUGCGUUUACAAGUGGACUUACCUGCAAAGCGCUUUUGCACAGGAUGGAGUUCUCCUUUUGGAAUAUUCUUUGGGGACAAUCCAGGAAAAGGCAUUUAGUGUCUUCGUGCAUGAACUUCAUUUACCCGCGUCUUCAUGACCGCACGUACCUCAUUCCGUGUUUUCAUUCCAUUUCUUUAUCAGGUACACCAUCAUCCCGUACAGGAGCCCCAUCCAAAAACACACUUUGAUGUUCAGUCAUGUCAUGAUAAUCAUCCACUUGGCAAAAUCACCACAGGAAUACGGAAGACAUCUCUUUCCUGUCGCAUCACUGGGAUAUUUUCUUUGUUUUGUGUGUGACAACGUUACAAGUGAAAGUAAAGAAACAUUUAUUGAUGAUUAAUGAUUAAUAAGAACAACAAUAGAAUAUCUCCACCUGCUACGUACGUCUGUGUAGGUGCGCUUCUUUCCUGAAUUGUUGGGUCAGUGUCUCCGACCGUCCUUUUCCUAUGCCGCUUAUCCUCACUAGGGUCACUAGAGGCGGGGUACACCCUGGACUGGUGGCCAGCCAAUCACAGGGCACAUAUAGACAAACAACCAUUCACACUCACAUUCAUACCUAUGGACAAUU